AUUUUGACUUCUCCACCGUCACCCAUUCGCAUGCGGGUGGGAAAAAAAAAAUCGAUAGUUUUUAUGGCCCCCAGUCAUUCCCGUCGAAGGGAUGAGAGUUCUAACGUUUAAGGUUAGGGUUAGUGGACUCUGACAACCGGUCCGACGUGCCACACUCAUGCAAACAGUCCUCCAAAACGCCGCAUUUAACAACUCCCCCGUAAUGUAUAUCACACUAUGGCUUCCCUCGUGUCGUGCAGUGUAAACAGUGUAAUUACAGAAAAAUAGAUCACGAGCGAUAAUUCCAUAGAGAUCUAAAAAGUCCUCCAAGAGUCCCUAAAACAAUCACUCAUUAUCGCAGACUAUUUGCUCAACCAAUGACCAUCAAACCAUCAACCCAUCAAAAAGGUCCUCGAUCUCUUUCCCGGAGUAGCCAAAAAUAGUCACAUAAUCGUUCUUUGUUUCCCUCUGAAAUAUCACAGUGAAAUAUUCAAAGGGAGUGCAUCAUAAAAUGAGACAUUAACCCUUGAUCCGGAAAAAAAGCGUGAAAAAAGGGGGACAAGUGCAAGAGAGACUCAAUUCGCUGUGGAUGGAUUCGAUGGUAUGGCUGAUACAGAGGACACCUAAAGGAUGUCACAGACAGCAGAUGCUGAGAGUGAGGCGGGCUCCAUUUGCGACGAGGAGAGAGUGAGAAAACUCUUUCAGGCCUGCGACGGAGACGGGGAUGGUUUCAUCGAUAGUCAGGACCUGUUGACUGUUUGCCGCGAGCUGAACCUCGAGAAUUCCGUGGAGGAGUUGAUGAGAGAACUUGGUGCUGAUGAAAAUGGCCGUAUAUCCUAUCAGGAGUUUCUCAGACGGCGUCUGGCAUUGAGACCGGAAAUCGAAGCACUGAGAUCGGGAAAGAGCAGGACGAGUCCUCAUCACACCCACACACCAGAGUAUUUACCAACCAGCAGUGACAACAGUCUCGGAACGGUUUCGGGACGCCAUGAGAGUUGGGAAUUCGACAGUGGAGCACGUGAUUUGUCACCAGAGCCUCACACCCUCCAAAAACUCGUGGAGGCAGCAGCUGGAGGAACUGGAAACAUGCUCGACCUCGCCAACAAGCUUCAUGCGGCAGCGUUAUCAUCCUUGAGAUCAGAGGUGGCCGAGCUGAAUGCCCGUCUUCUGUCGGCAACGAGGGCAAAAGAGGCUGCAGAAGCAUCACUGAUAAGAGCGGAGGCACAGGCAGCUAGGGCUGAACAGAGAUCUGAACAGCAGUCAGCCAGGCAAGAGGAAAGACUCACUGAGCUUCACUCCGUCAUUGCUGAGCUUGGGCGACAGUUAGAGAGACACAGGGCAACAGUGAUUGCCGAGGAGGAUGAGUCAGAGGUAGAAACGAGUAGAGAUGCGGAGGGAUCGAUAACAAAUCCAGUGGAAGAAUCGGAAACUGGUGGAGACAUUCAGGGAGAUGGAGAUCGUACCCUGGGCGAUGCGGACUCCAGUGAGGACAGAAGUUGUGGAGAUGAGAUCUCAACUCGUCAAACAGAGAAUGAUCGAGAGCAGCUGGACAGCCCUGCGGCUCUUCCCACCCCCGAGCCAACCCAGCAAGCAGCCUCGUGUCAGAGUGUGGCUGUUGCUACACUCCAGGAGGAGGUUAAUGCACUGAGAGCUGAAAUUGCUACUCUCCAGUCUCAACUUGCGCAAUUCAGGGGUCAUCCUGGGCAGAAUAACCACUCGGGUCAUCACGGCAGUAGCGAUUCACCCCGUCGGGAUCACAGGAGAGGAAAUAUUAGCUCUCCGGAGCCUUUGACUGCCCCCUGCUCGCCCCUCCUACCCCCUCUGCAAACCCCUCCAACGAAAAAUCUCUCCCGAGAGGAAGUUCCAGUACUGAAAAUGGCGGAGAGGGUGAAAUUGAGGAGAACGGAUGAAAGACACAUCACUGGACCUGACAUAACAAAUUUGGGAGUUUGCUCGACUAUGGUAGCUGAGCACUUGGUCUCCGAUCUUCUUGAUCACUCCAAUCUCCAUGAACUCAACGGCUCCGAGAAGCAAUUUGAAGUGGAGACCGAGAGAUUGAACAGCAGACUGGAACAUGCCAGAGCCAACAAUGCUGUCCUUGCUCUGACCCUUCACGAGAGUAAGGCUCAGUGUGACAGGUUGAGCCUGCUCGUUGGAAAAUACGAGUCCAACGCCACAGCCCUGAGGCUCGCUCUCUCCUUUUCGGAUCGUGCCAUCGAAGCCUACGAUGUCCUAGUUGCAUUAUUAGAAACCGAGAUUGCGUUAUCGUCUGACAGGAACAGUGUUACCAUUGAUAAUCGACGAACAGCUGAGAAUGUCGCUCACCAUGUGCUGAAGCGGCUGGAAAAUGAUUGUGCAACGCUUGGGGCACCGUGGGAGGACAGUAUUAUUUUAUCAGACGACUCCGAGAUUUCUUGGUCAGUGGACGAGGAGCAACGACUCCGUCGUCACAUUUCCAAGCUGAAGGGUGACCGAGCGAUGGUGAGAUCAACAGCAGUGGAAUUGGAAACAGUUCACGUGGAGCCAAUCAACUCCAAAAAUACAAUUUCCCUGGCAGAGGCUAGAAAAUUGGACCUCGAGACAGCAGUUCUCAUGCAGGAGCUCAUGGCGAUGAGGGAGGACAAGGCAGAGCUUCGAGCCCGGGUAUUUCUCCUCGAGAAAGAACGUGCGACCGUUGAGCUCAAGCUGAAUGCACGGGAUGCACAGAUUGCAGCGCAGCAUGCUGCUAUUCAGCAUCUCCAAGGGCAGCUGACAGACACCGAGGCCAUGCUGGCUAUGGCUGGGAAUAAGGAGAGGGUUGUCAGUGACUGUGAGAGUGAGGGCAUGGAGUCAGAGCUCAUUGAGGCUUUGGGGAGAGAAGCUAGACUCAAGGAUCGACUCCAGGAACUUGUGGCGACUCUGGAAAAAGUCACGAGGAACUCGGAGUUGCGGCAUCAGCAAAGUGCUGAACUCGUUAAUGACUUGAAAAUGGCUAAUGGAGCCCUUGUGCAAACACUAGAUAAAUCCAAAAAGAAAUACCAAUCGAGACUGAAGAAGCUCGAGCAGCAAAUGAUAGCAAUGGUGGAGAGGAAUGCAUCUCAGGUGAAACUGUUGAAACAGAGAAUAGGGAUGCUGGAGGAGGAGGCAGUUGGGUACAAAGGAAGUCUUCCCCUGCAGUCCCAGAGCUCAGGUGCCUCUGAAACAUCCUUAUGACACUCGUCAGAUCGUGACGAUUCCCUCGGAUAAGAUCUCAUAACUCAUACUUUCCAAAUAGUCAUGUAAACCUCGCCUAAUCAGGAUUGAAUGUAUUUUUCUACUCAAUCAACGACACAGAGAAAUGCUAAAGAACAAAGAAUUAAAUCCCAGAAGCAGCUUAUCCGCCUAAACGACUGAAAUGAGAGAAAAUCCCCGCUUUCAUUGUACCUCGAUGGUAUUUAAUAAGAAAUGGUGCGAGUUUUGCAGAAAGAAUUAUAACUAAUAGAUUUUUUUAUUCUUUGAGUGAAUCUAAUGAAAAGAGGCAUUCGCCAAUCAUUUUCUAACGAUUAAAAUUCAUUUCAUAUUUAUUUCAAAUCGUUCAUGAAAUUUUCUUUGUAAAGAAAAAUGGAUAUGAAUUUUGUGAUUGGCGUUGAGAAUUACUCUUUCGAUUUCAAUCAGUCAAAGAAUUUUCUAGCUUCUUGUCAGCUGUAUAGCAGUGUUAUGUAAAUAUGUAUAUUGUAAUCGAGGCAGAGAAAUGAGUGAUACAUGUAGAGUUAUUAAAUAAAUCGUGCUUUAUUAAUUUU